CUGCCAGUAUCCAAACCGGUCAGCCUGCCGUCUGAGAACCCGCAUUCCGUGGUUCAGCCUGGUGCCCCGGCACCUGCAAUUCAGCCUGAUACCCUGAUGCCUGAUGACCUAGUGUACGCUACCCAGCCUGAUGGUUCUACCCAGCCUGAUGGUUCUACCCAGCCUGAUGUUCCUACCCAGCCUGCUGAACUGAUGGAGCCAGAUGACCUGUUGCCAGAUGACCCGGUACCCGCUGUCGAGCCAGACGAUCCAAUGCCAGAUGACCCGGUGCCCGCUGUCAAACCAGAUGACCCGGUACCCACUGUCGAGCCAGAUGACCUGAUGCCAGAUGACCCGGUGCCCGCUGUCAAGCCAGAUGACCCGGUGCCCGCUGUCGAGCCAGACGAUCCGAUGCCUGAUGACCCGUGCCCAGCCUGAUGUGCCUCUGUCCGGUGCCCAGCCUGAUGUGCCUCUGUCCUGGUGCCCAGCCUGAUGUGCCUCUGUCCGGUGCCCAGCC